AUGAACUCACAAAGCUUCAUGUUGCCAGGAAUGGCACCACCCAUCCACAUGGGUUACUACAAUAGUAUGCCUACAAUGAACAAUCAAGGCCUCUACCACCACCAUCAUCAGUUGCCCAACAUCAUGGACAUCAACCCGAUGCACGCCGGUCUUGGACCAUUGGGCUCGCCACCUUUGAUCUCGCCCACAUCGUCCCCGGCCACCCUUUCAAACUCGCUCCCGCCUCUGUCGUUGCCGUCACAUCAAAGUUCCCUCUCACUCCAACAUCAACAACAACAGCAUCAACAUCAUCAACUCCAGCAACAGCAACAACAACAUCACCAUCAGCAACAGCAACAGCAACAUCAUCACCAACAGCAACAACAUGCUCAACAGUUACAUCAACAAGCACAACAACAUGCUCAACAACAAGCACAUCAACAACAACAGCAACAACAUCAUCAACAACAAGCACACCAACAACAACAGAUACAAAAUAUGAGCAGUCCACCUCAACAACAGACGACAUUGUCUGCCAUAUUGUCACAGUCGAUAUCUCAGAUACCAUCGUCGUCCGACUCGCUCCCUUCACCUGUCUACGAUCUUAAUGAACAGACACUGCUCCAAGGCAACGCCGGCAUGGCCAACACAGGCGUCGACGAAGCCGCCGCGGGCAACUCGCAGCUGACCUCACCCAAGGUCAAGUCGAAAAAGGGCGGCUCGUCAUCCUCAUCGUCGUCCAAGAAAAAGGGCAGUCCGCUAGAGGGCUCGCUCAACUCGCUCACCAAGGAGCAGCUGGUGGCACUGUGCUCGCAGUACUUCCAGACGAUGCACCCAGACCUCCAGCAGGAGUUUGAGAACGCCAUGCCGCCACCCGACCUCACCGAGUACACGCAGGAGCUGGAUUCGCUGCAGAAGAAGUACAACAAGCUGUUCCCCAACAACAAGUUUGUCUUUGACAACAACUCGUACAACCGCGUCAAGAGCGGCCUCAACAACUUUAAGAAGCAGCUCGUCGAGAAUGGCGAGGAGUUCAAGGAGAAGUCGGCCUGGUCCACGCUGCUGCAGUACGUCGUGCAGGCGCUGCCAUACGUCGUGCGCAUGCCCCAGUGGGACGACGAGAAGAACAACCAGUCACGGCAGGCGGCACUCGCCAAGAUGGACCUGUUUGGCAAGGCGGCCGUGCGUGGACUGAUGCUCAACGACACGUCGUUGGAGAAGUGGGAGCGCUAUCGCGUCAGUCUGAUGCAGCAUGCCAAUCACCUGACAACCACGAUCGAGGAGCUCAACAAAUCAAUUGAGCGCGCCAAGAAGAAGGAGGCCAAACUCGAGAAGUCCAUCAAGAAGAGAAAGGUCAGGAUGUAA